GGACUCGGGGGCUGACAGCGCGCACUUCACCGGCAGUUGCGACGGAGAAGAUAGCUCGUUGAGCUGGAACCCCACAGAUCACCAGUGAAAAUGAAGGCGGCGGAUGAGCCUGCCUACCUGACAGUGGGAACUGAUGUCAGUGCCAAGUACCGAGGUGCCUUCUGUGAGGCAAAGAUUAAGACUGUGAAAAGGCUGGUAAAAGUUAAGGUACUCCUGAAACAGGAUAAUACUACACAAUUGGUGCAAGAUGACCAAGUAAAGGGUCCUUUAAGAGUUGGAGCCAUUGUUGAAACAAGGACAUCUGAUGGAUCCUUUCAGGAAGCUGUUAUCAGCAAGUUGACAGAUGCUAGUUGGUAUACUGUGGUGUUUGAUGAUGGUGAUGAGAGAACAUUGAGACGUACCUCACUAUGCUUAAAAGGAGAGAGACAUUUUGCUGAGAGUGAGACUCUUGACCAGCUUCCAUUAACAAAUCCAGAGCAUUUUGGAACUCCAGUAAUUGCAAAGAAGACGAACAGAGGAAGGAGGUCCUCUCUGCCUGUUAACGAAGAUGAAAAAGAAGACGAAAGUAGUGAAGAGGAAGAUGAAGAUAAGCGACGUCUCAAUGAUGAAUUAUUAGGAAAAGUUGUAAGUGUGGUAUCUACAUCUGAGAAGAGUGAAUGGUAUCCUGCUUUGGUAGUAUCUCCCAGUUGUAAUGAUGAUAUCACAGUGAAAAAAGACCAAUGUUUAAUUCGGUCAUUUAUCGAUUCUAAAUUUUAUUCUAUAGCAAGAAAGGAUAUCAAGGAAGUAGACAUUCUCAGUCUACCUGAAUCUGAGCUCUCUGCUAAACCAGGGCUGCAGAAAGCAAGCAUCUUCUUAAAAACUAGAGUUGUUCCUGAUAAUUGGAAAAUGGAUAUAAGUGAAAUCCUUGAGUCAUCCAGUAGUGAUGAUGAAGUUGCCCCAGCUGAAGAAAAUGAUGAGGAGAAGGAAAAGGAGGCCAAAAAGGAAGAAGAAGAAAUGCCUGAGGAAGAACCUGAUCCUGAAGAGAGGGACAGCUUCCUUCAACAGCUUUAUAAGUUUAUGGAAGACAGAGGUACUCCAAUCAACAAACCACCUGUAUUGGGCUAUAAAGAUCUCAAUCUCUUCAAACUUUUCAGACUGGUUUAUCAUCAAGGUGGAUGUGACAAGAUUGAUAGUGGUGCUGUAUGGAAGCAAAUUUAUAUGGACCUUGGCAUUCCUAUUUUGAAUUCAGCUGCUUCCUACAAUGUAAAAACUGCUUAUAGAAAGUAUCUCUAUGGUUUUGAGGAGUACUGCCGUUCUGCAAAUAUUCAGUUCAGAACUAUUCACCACCAUGAACCAAAAGUAAAAGAGGAAAAAAAAGACUUAGAAGAAUCCAUGGAAGAGGCUCCAAAAGUAGAUCAAGAAAUGCCUUUAGCAGAAGUGAAGAGUGAACCUGAGGAAAAUAUUGAUUCAAACAGUGAAAGUGAAAGAGAAGAAACAGAAUUAAAAUCUCCAAGGGGACGAAGGCGAAUUGCUCGAGAUGCAAAUUCUAUUAAAAAGGAAAUUGAAGAAGAGAAAACAGAAGACAAAUUAAAAGAUAAUGAUACAGAAAAUAAGGAUGAAGAUGAUGACUAUGAAACUGCAGAGAAAAAAGAAAAUGAGUUACUACUGGGGAGAAAAAAUACACCAAAGCAAAAGGAGAAGAAAAUUAAAAAGCAGGAGGAUUCUGACAAAGACUCAGAGGAAGAGGAAGAGAAGAGCCAAGAGAGGGAAGAAACCGAAAGCAAAUGUGACUCUGAAGGGGAGGAAGAUGAGGAAGACACAGAACCUUGCCUAACAGGAACCAAAGUGAAAGUAAAAUAUGGACGAGGGAAAACGCAGAAAAUCUAUGAAGCCAGUAUUAAAGGCACUGAAAUUGAUGAUGGAGAAGUUUUAUACUUGGUACAUUACUAUGGAUGGAAUGUCAGGUAUGAUGAAUGGGUGAAGGCUGACAGGAUAAUCUGGCCGUUGGACAAAGGUGGACCAAAGAAAAAACAGAAGAAAAAAGCUAAAAACAAAGAAGACAGUGAAAAGGAUGAAAAGAGGGAUGAGGAGAGGCAGAAGUCAAAACGGGGACGACCUCCUUUAAAAUCUACUCUUUCAUCAAACAUGCCAUAUGGUUUGUCUAAGACUCCAAACAGCGACGGAAAAUCAGACUCCUGUUCAUCUGAUAGUGAAACAGAAGACCUUUUAGAAAAGAAUUUGAUGAAUGAAGAACUUUCUCCUGAUAUUAAAGAAGAAUUAGAAAAAAAUGAAAGUUUAAGUGAUGAUAAACUAGAUGAAGAAAAUCCAAAGAUUGCUGCACAUAUAUUAAGAGAAAAUGAUAGGACUCAAAUGCAGCCUUUAGAAACCUUGAAGUUAGAAGUUGGAGAGAAUGAACAAAUAGUACAGAUUUUUGGAAAUAAAGUGGAACAAGUAGAAGAAGUUAAGAAAGAGGCAGAAAAAUCUCCUAAAGGAAAGGGAAGACGAAGCAAGACAAAAGAUCUUUCUUUAGAAAUUAUAAAGAUUUCAUCAUUUAGCCAGGAUGAAGCAGGAACUGAACCUCAUAUAGAAGCUCAGAGUAUAGAAUUUUCUUCAUUAGACAAUAAAAACUUUUCUUCUGCUACAGAAGAUGAAAUUGACCAGUGUGCAAAAGAAAAAAAGUUGAAACGGAAAAUACUGGGACAGUCAUCACCAGAGAAAAAAGUAAGAAUGGAGAAUGGAAUGGAAAUGACAAAUAGUAUUUCUCAAGAAAGGACCAGUGAUUGUGUUGCAUCUGACGGAAUGAAAAACUUAAAUUUUGAACAACACUUUGAAAUAGAAAAUGAAGGAAUGCCAUCAUUAAUAGCAGAGCCAAACCAGUGCAUUCAAGAAUUGACUAAAGAAAAAUUUGAUAGUCCAGCUGAAGAAACUGUAAAUACUCCGCUAAAAGAAGAAGAGGAUGCAAUGCCUCUGAUUGGGCCGGAAACCUUGGUUUGCCAUGAAGUAGAUUUGGACGAUUUGGAUGAAAAGGAUAAGACCAGUACUGAGGAUGUAGUAGUUGAAAGCUCUGAAUCUAACUCUCUUGUUUCUAUUCCACCUGCCCUACCUCCUGCAGUACAGCAUAACUUUUCAGUGGCUUCACCACUUACUCUCAGCCAAGAUGAGUCUCGAAGUAUAAAAAGUGAGAGUGACGUAACCAUUGAGGUCGAUAGUAUUGCUGAAGAAUCUCAAGAAGGUCUCUGUGAGAGGGAAUCAGCAAAUGGAUUUGAAGCCAGCGUUGCCUCUGGUACCUGUAGUAUAAUUGUUCAAGAAAGAGAGAGCAGAGAGAAGGGUCAGAAAAGGCCAAGUGAUGGAACUAGUGGAUUAUUGGCCAAAAAGCAGAAGCGAACCCCAAAGCGAACAAGUGCUGUAGCCAAAAAUGAAAAGAAUGGAGCAGGACAAAGCAGUGAUAGUGAAGAUCUUCCUGUCCUAGACAAUUCAAGUAAAUGUACCCCAGUAAAGCAUCUUAGUGUAUCUAAGCCACAGAAGCUUGCACGAUCUCCUGCAAGAAUAUCCCCUCACAUCAAAGAUGGUGAAAAAGAUAAACAGAAAGAAAAACAUCCGAAUUCAUCUCCUCGGACAUAUAAGUGGAGUUUUCAACUCAAUGAAUUAGAUAACAUGAACAGUACGGAGAGAAUCUCUUUUCUCCAAGAAAAACUACAGGAAAUCAGAAAGUAUUACAUGUCUUUGAAGUCUGAAGUUGCAACCAUAGAUAGGAGGAGAAAAAGAUUAAAAAAGAAAGACAGAGAAGUGUCUCAUGCAGGAGCCUCCAUGUCAUCUGCUUCAUCAGACACUGGAAUGAGUCCCUCCUCAUCAUCUCCCCCACAGAACGUACUUGCUGUAGAAUGCAGGUGAUAAAUGUUUUCUCUGCCAUCCCAGCAGUUUGCUGCCAAGGACAUAAAUCCCAAAUCCCUGAAAUACAACCACAGAAAGCACUCAACUGGUUUGACAUUGCUAAGUAUAUCCUGUACACUUUUCCAGGCUGGAUUGUAUCUAUUCCCUUCUCUUUUCUUUUUUUUUCUGUUGCAAGAAAAAUAAGCUGAUUAAUAACUGAAGUUUAGGCAGCCUGCCAUAUUUGUCAUAAUUUUUAAUUUUUUUUUUCGUUUUUUUGUGAAGAUAGAAAAAGGGCACUUAGCAAAUUUGAAUUUGUAUAAUAAAGCUUUCAGGUGUUAUAGAAAUCAUAGACAAGCAAGUGCACAUGAUAAACAUCAAAAUAUCCAGCUAAAUAGUUACUGCUGCACUUUCACUGAGAUGUAUUUGAACACUUGGUGAGUAGGGGGUUUAUGUUGUGAUUUUUUAUUGUUGUUGUUUUCUUUUCUUUUUUUUUUUUUUUUUUGUGGAAGCACUUGCUAUUUAGAACUGCCAAAGUAUAUGUUCAGCAGUGUGCCCAGGUUUAAGGUGUAAAUGGGACAAAAUAAAUUGUGAAAGGAAGUGUAGUUGACUGAAAACUACAGUUGUAAUAAGUCUUCCACUUUUUAUAGGAUUUUUGAGCACACAAUUAUGCAAAUAUUUUAAUGUUUAUUAAUGUUUACAGUGGAAUUGUGAAUAAGUUUUCAGUGGACUAUCUUAUCCCUUGACAAAAAUAUUUUGUCUUUUUUCUAUGUAAUUUCAGAGUUUUUAUUUUGUUACAAAAAGACAAAAAUGAAAUAUAUAACAACAAUGAAGUUAUUUAACAAGAUUUCUAAAGCUGAAAAUUUUGUGUAAAAUAAGGUAUUAUCUUGCAACUUGUUAAAUAUAUUUAUUCAGACAUUGGAUGUUGUAUUUUUAUGUAUUUUUUAAAAUAUUAAUAAAAUUGAAAAAAAGAAAAUUCUAGGUUAAUUCACUCUUCGAAUGACAAUAGCUCUCAGCUGUCCCUUUUACAGGAGGUUGCAUCCAGCGGCUUUGCCUGUACUGAAGGGAGUCUGUCUCAGUCCUUCAAACAGUGUAGAACUAUAAAUGGGCAUCUGGAUCAUUAAAGUAUGUCCUUGUUUAGAAACUUUGGCAGUCCUAGUACUUAAACUGUUUUGAGGAUCAAAUUUUUGGUUGCCCUUAAGAUAUUUUGUCACAGUUUUUAUGUUUGCUAUACUGCCGAAUAAAUUUAUAUCUCCCAAAGUUGAGAUGCAACAACUAAGUAAAGCAAUUAUGUAUGCUUUGUUUGUGAAUUGUUUCACAGACUGAUACAUUUUGUAAAUAAUUCUUCCAAAACCAUGUAUUUAAAGCAGUUUUGCCAUAUACAUUAUGUAAAAAGGUGAUUUUUUAAAAUCAGUUUUUAAAUUCAUGUUUGUACAUUGAAAGGGUUUUUUUUUAAACCUUCUUUCCUGUGUUUAAUAUGCGUAGAGUAAUAACCUAGAUGCUCUAGACUGUAUAUCAGGAUCUGAUUUACAAGAACAGAGUCAGAGCCAAACACUAGUGAUGGCAUAGCAUUAAUGAAAUCAUUGUUUCUUAAUUUCAUUUUACCACAUUGUGAACUUGUGAUUCAGAUUCCUUCCAUUUUCGCAGAGAAUUAAAAACAAAAAAGUACUCUUGUAAAA